CUUAAACUGACCAAUAAAAAUAUGUUUUUAAAUUAUGCCAUUUAAAAAUAAGAAUGAUCCAUCGACAAACAAACUCUUAAUAGUGCAGAAACUAACUAUUGGAAUUCACUUGAUGAAAACUGACCCCCUGUUUGGCACAAAUUAGCCUUGUGUUAAUUAAAGAAUAAUUUUUUCGUUGAUCGGUGGAAUUACCGAAAACCACAGAAAGCCCCGUAAAUUUUCAUAAGCAUAUACAAUAGAGUAUUCGAGGUGGUGUGUAACGCUGGGAUUCAAUACUUCAUUGUGUUCGUGUUCAUAAACAAUUUUGAAACAGUUUAACAUUGAAGCUUGGAUCAGUAGUGCGCAUGCGUCAGACACUAACACCUUUCUUCUACCUCUCUCUGCAAAUCGUGUUAAAACAUUAUUUUUGGCUAUAUCUAUAGCGGAUUUUCAGUGGAUUUGAGUUUAUAUAUAAAUAUUAUUUCUAGUUUCACUCAUAGUUUUGCUUGCUGUGCAGUUUCCUGCAGUUUUCAGGUAUUUUACAUAGUUGUCAUUAUCCCCCUCGAAACGGCCUUGACCUCUGACAGCUUCCGGUGUGUAAAAUCAAAACGUAAACAAAGAUGAAAACCGGCAUUCUGGUGAGUUGUUUACUCUUUGCAGUUGUCGCAGUUCUCACACAAGUAAAAGAUGUAUCUGCUGUCAAAUUGCUUCCGAGAAUAUAUUCAGUCAAAGACCGCUAUAACCCAGAUAAUUCAUUUGCAAGUGGCAUGGUAGUUGUUGGCCUAAAAACUAGAUUUAAAUUCUACAUGCAACCUAUUAAACCACAUAAGGACAAAUCUUUGCUAUACCUCACAAUUCUGCUCCUUUCUCUUGCCAGCGAUAUUGAAUCGAACCCUGGCCCUGAUUUCCCCUGUGGUACCUGUGGUGCAGAGGUUCUGGACUCUGACCCAGCUGUAGAAUGUGACAAGUGUGGACUAUGGUUUCACAUCCAGUGCCAAAACCUAGAACACUCAUGGUACCAGGACUUAAUCCACACUGAUGCUUCUUUUGCUUGGACAUGCACAGUGUGCGAUAAUUCAAACCACUCUAUCACAUCCAGUAUCUUAUCAAUCUCUUCGACAAACAGCUUUUCAGCCCUGUCUCAUGAAAAUACGCCUCUAAAUCAAAAAUCAGAAACUCAAAAACCACACAUCAAAAGAUUUGCUUCUAAACUAAAAUUUCUAUUGGUAAAUUGCCAGUCAAUUGUUAAGAAGAAACAUGAAUUCCAUAACCUUCUUUCAGACCAAAACCCAGAUAUUGUGGCCGGUACUGAGUCAUGGCUUACUGCUGACCAUUAUUCCUCUGAAAUUUUUCCUGAAAGUCUUGGGUAUACAGUAUUCAGACGGGAUAGAAAAUCAGGCAAGGGAGGUGGGGUCUUUAUCCUUGUAAAAAACAACUUAAUUCCAUCAGUUCAACCAAAUCUGAAUACAAACUGUGAAAUCCUCUGGAUCAAACUUGAAAUCACAGUCCGACGCGCACCUGCCAGUAAUACUCGAAAGAGGGGUUCGGCAGUAUUCAAAGAUAGAUAGAUAGCUUGGAACA